AUGCGUUCCGCGCGCUCCCUACGAAGGACCAACCCCAUCACCAUCGUGCUCGCUGCGCUUCUCUGUUUUGGCUUCCUGUUCUUCAUAUUCUCUUCCGAUGCCGACAGCUCGAUAAGCCCGCACCAGCUGCGCACCUCCGCUGCCAAUGCGCUGUCGCCGCCGUCGAUGCCGUUCCGGAAGCCCAAGGGCGACGCCGAGCUGGCUCCUCCUCCGGUCGUGCAUUACCACAUGAACAACCUCACCACCACGAGCGAUCCUGUCGGCAACCACGAGUCCGUCCUCAUCCUGACCCCGAUGGCGCGCUUCUAUCAGGAAUACUGGGACAACCUCCUGAAGCUGAGCUACCCCCACGAGCUCAUCUCGCUUGGUUUCAUAUUACCAAAGACACGGGAAGGAAACGCCGCCACUGCCGCCCUCCAAGAGCAGAUUGCAAAGACGCAGAAGGGGCCCCAGAAGAAGCGCUUCAAAAGUAUCACCAUCCUGCGCCAGGACACCGAGAUCCCGCUGCAGUCGCAGGAGGAGUCUGAGCGCCACAAGCUGGAGAACCAGAAGUCAAGGCGCGCAGCAAUGUCCAAGGCGCGCAACUCGUUGCUGUUCACGACCUUGGGGCCGACGACGUCUUGGGUGCUCUGGCUGGAUUCGGACGUCGUGGAAACACCUCCAUCUCUUAUCCAGGACCUUGCGUCGCACAACAAGCCGAUCAUUGUUCCCAACUGCUACCAGCGCUACUACAACGAGGACUCCAAGAAGAUGGAAAUCCGGCCGUACGACUUCAACUCCUGGAUUGAUAGCCCCACGGCGCAGGAUCUGGCCAAAGGCAUGGGCAAGGACGACAUUUUGCUGGAGGGCUAUGCCGAGAUGGCGACGUAUCGCUCGCUGAUGGCGUACAUGAAGGAUGGUGGCGAUGGCAACCAGGACAAGGAAAUAGAGCUCGAUGGCGUUGGCGGCACGGCUUUGCUGGUUAAGGCGGACGUCCACAGAGAUGGGGCCAUGUUCCCGCCCUUCGCGUUCUACCAUCUGAUUGAAACCGAAGGGUUUGCUAAGAUGGCGUCGAGAUUGGGGUGGAAAAGCUACGGGUUACCCAACUAUCUUGUAUACCACUAUAACGAAUAA